AAAUUCGUUCUGAAAUUUAAGCCUCCCCCCGCUGUUGGUUCAAUCUACAGCUCUUCGCUUGAUUCUUCCCCUGCUGUUGGGGGAAGUGGAGGAGAAGGCCCUCCGCCAUCCGCACUUCACUGAUCUUCGGUGGCAGAAAAAUGGGCGACGAACCCUUGCUCACUCGAUGGACCUUCCGGGAUUUCAAGCUAGUUUAUGAUGUGAAAUUCGGAAGGAAGAAGCCGCCAAAGGGCGAUAAGGUGGAGGAGGAGCGUAGUUCUGGAUCUGAUCGCGCUGGAAGGGGUUAUGCGAAUGGGGCGGUCGCCACUUCCAAUGGGAGCGUCAAGGCCUCGUCUGACUUGGCUGUUUAUGAGCAGUUCGAACAGCAGGAUCGGAAAUUUAAGCCAAGCGCCGGAGUUAUCUUGGACAGAUCACAAGAAACAACUCAGAAGCCUUUGCUUCCACCAUUUGAAUCUGCUGAAAUGCGAACUCUAGCAGAGACACUGUGCAGAGACAUUGUUCGUGGGAAUCCAGAUGUAAAAUGGGAAAGCAUCAAAGGAUUAGAGGAUGCGAAACGACUUCUGAAAGAAGCUGUUGUCAUGCCCAUAAAAUAUCCAAAGUACUUCAAAGGUCUUCUAUCACCCUGGAAAGGUAUUCUGCUUUUUGGCCCUCCUGGAACAGGAAAGACAAUGCUUGCCAAAGCUGUUGCUACUGAGUGCAAAACCACUUUUUUCAACAUCUCAGCAUCAUCAAUCGUCAGCAAAUGGCGAGGUGAUUCUGAGAAACUGGUGAAAGUCUUAUUUGAACUUGCCAGACACCAUGCACCAUCUACUAUUUUCCUCGAUGAGAUUGAUGCAAUCAUCAGUCAGCGUGGUGAGGCACGUAGUGAGCAUGAAGCAAGUCGACGCUUGAAGACUGAAUUACUUAUACAGAUGGAUGGUUUGACAAAAACAGACGACCUUGUCUUUGUGCUAGCAGCAACAAAUCUUCCUUGGGAGUUGGAUGCAGCUAUGCUGCGACGACUUGAAAAGCGAAUUCUGGUACCUCUUCCAGAACCGGAAGCAAGACGUACGAUGUUUGAGGAGCUUUUGCCAUCUAUGCCUGGAGAAGCUGAGAUGCCAUAUGAUCUUCUUGUGGAUAGAAGUGAAGGUUAUUCAGGCUCAGAUAUUCGUUUAGUGUGUAAAGAGGCAGCUAUGCAGCCAUUAAGACGUCUAAUGAUGGUCCUGGAAGGCAGGCAGGAUGUUGUUCCUGAGGAUGAAUUACCAGAGGUUGGUCCAGUGAACCCUGAAGAUGUCAAUUUAGCUUUAAAAAAUACAAGACCGUCAGCUCAUCUUCACACCCACCGUUAUGAAAAGUUCAACGAGGAUUAUGGAAGCCAGAUUCUUCAUUAGAUUUAUUCCAUUUUCUCCUUGUAAAAUCUUCGAUUUUACUCACCUUAUCCCAAUGCAGUCUCUGUUCUUAUAAUUUUUUGGUCUAAAUAAUGAGGAAAUAAUUAUGGUGGGUCACGUCACACAACUGAACCUCAGAUGUUUUGUUUAGGUUGCUUUCCUGGAUUUGAUCUUGGUAAUUUUUUGUACUUGUGCCAUUUAUUGUUGUCAUUGCGAAAUGGUUUACUUGGAUUCUGUAUAUUUUGUAUUUUAUGUUGUGCCAUAGCUGAUAAGUAUGGCAUCAGAAUAUAGAUAUGCUUUUUGAUGUAUUAGUAGGAAUUCAGGAGUAGAAUAUCACUUCAUUAUUAUCUUUAA